AUGUCUAAAAAAUUCCGACGGUUCUACGAGACCGCGUUUGAUUCAAAAAUCAGCAAAUCGGACGAAGACCUGCUGUCGGCCGAAAAACAGGACUCGGCCAUCGCUCACCGACUGUCCAACCAGUUGCAGCUGUCGGCCAGCGCCAGUUCCGUUCGGCAAUACGACGACGAGGACGAAGACGACGCCGUCCCCGCUGCCGCCACCGCAACCACCGUUCGUGCCUCGCCGUCCAGCAGGAUGCAAUGCAAAAACCGGUUGUUCGGAUUCCUGUUGCGGAAGAAACGUAGUGGCGGCGGCGGUGGCGGCCGAAAAUUAAACAGUAUCUACAAGUACCGGAGUUCAGACAGCGUGGUGACUAGUAGCAGCCUCAGUCUGGAGUCAAUCACCAGCGAUUCGUUGAGCUCACACAGUUCUGAGUCACCGUGUUACAAGCGGUUUCCGGUACCACACAUCCUGUCACCGAUCUCGGACAAGUCGGCGCAGGACGCCGGCAACGAGUUUUUGGAUUACGAACACCGGAGGUCGUCUGCCGCUGGCUCCGCCGCUCCCGUCGUCGUCGGGGCUGCCAAUGCCACUGCAACCGCCACUGCAGCGGUCGCGCCGAUCAAGACCAAACCACCGCAAUCAUUAGGCCUGAUAAAGCUCAACAGCGACCAUAUGCAGCAUCACGGUUCUGACAGCGGCAUAUCCGUGGGAUCAAAACCAGGUGACAACUACCAGGAGCUGUUGGACGUGCCGUUCGACAUGCCAAAGCUCAGGCGCAGGCAGAGAUCCGAAGAGGGCCCGACUACGGUGUUGUCAACGACAUCUUCGUCGUCAUCGUCGUCUUCGGAUUGCGCUGGACGUCCGGCGCUUGCACCACCGCGGCCGCAGGUACUUCCGUUUGACAUGCCGAAAUUGAGGAGAAGACAGACGAAUGCCGGCUGCGGUCCCGGUGGUGUUGAGUUGUCGUUCGACAUGCCGAAUCUUAGAAAGAGGCAGAUGGACAGCUGUGCUAGGGUCAUAUCGUUAGACUUCGAGAUUGGCAGCGAUGAGGAUUACAGUGCUCGUUCCGGUGUCGGACAUCCGACCGACAGGACUAAAAGCGAACAGCUCGAAGACCUUCCAUUUGACAUACCAAAAUUAAAGAAGAUUAAUUUACACAACGAUGGCGAAAAAAAACCGGAUAGGAGUACCUUGUUUCUCAAUGUGCUUCCCAACAAUUGUGCUUCUGUUAACGCAAAUAAUAAACAACUGCCGAAAACCUUCCAAAACAAAAAUCAACCAAACCGUCCAACAUUAAGUUUAUGCAACAUAAAGCCUUUACAUUUUGUAGAAGACAUCAACGUUUCUUUACCCUUAGAUCAGCAAUGUUGGUAUCACGGACCCAUGAACAGACUUGAAGCUGAAAAAGCUUUGCAUGGUCAAAAGGAAGGAACCUAUUUAGUAAGAGGGAACAAGGGAUCAUAUGCGUUAUCAAUUAAGAGUGCUAAAGGUUUUAUUCACAUGAGAAUAACACAAUCUGGAGAAAGAAAUUAUUUGGGCCAAUCGGAUAGACCUUUUGAAACUAUACCUGAUCUCAUUAAACAUUAUACACUGAACAAGCUUCCAGCCAAAGGAGCCGAGCAUGUAGGUCUCAUUAGACCUUUAGUCCAUCAAAUCCAAAUGUUGUAA